UUUGCCAACGACGCCUGCAACUGUAAAUUAUAUAUUAUUUAAUUAUUUAUUUUUUGGUUGGUGUGGUAUUUUUUUACGCGCCGAGAGAUUGACGAGGAGCGAAGACCACGUUCAAUGCCGUUAGAACAUGUCCUAUGUUCCCUUUCAAGGUAGUGGUAUAUCUUUAAGACACUUCAACAUGUCAAAGGAGUCCAUUCAGAAGUUACGGGGCCUGACGUCUUCUGAUGCAAGGUGUGCCGCCCCCCCUUCCUAUCGCCCCCAUGGCCCUUCCCUCGCUCCCUCCUACGACCGUCCUGGCUGGAACCCCCGUCUUUGUGUGAUAUCCGGAAAUCAGCUCUAUAUGUUAGACCAGGAGGAGGUUCACCCUUUAUUGAUGCGCGAGCGGCGCUCCGAGUCGCACAGGAACAAGCUGCUGCGGCGGACCGUCAGCGUGCCCGUUGAGGGGAGGCACCACCCCGAGAUCGAGCACGCUCGCGCCCGGCGAAAGAGCAUAGCUACCGGGAAGCAGCCAAGCAUGGAGAUCCCUCCCACAGCCCCCCCUCAACCCUUCCGACAAUCCAGUUUCCUCAGUAGAAGGUUGAAGGGCUCCAUCAAGCGGGCCAAGAGUCAGCCCAAACUGGACCGCACCAGCAGCUUCCGCCAAAUGAUUCUGCCCCGCUUCCGCAGCGCCGAUCAGGACAGGACUCGUCUGAUGCAGAGCUUCAAGGAGUCACACUCCCAUGAGUCCUUGCUGUCCCCCAGCAGUGCAGCUGAGGCUCUAGACCUCACAUUGGACGAGGAUGCCAUCAUUAAACCUGUCCACUCCAGUAUUCUAGGACAGGAAUACUGCUUUGAGGUGACUACAGCAUCGGGGACUAAGUGCUUCGCCUGUCGCUCGGCUGCAGAGAGAGACAAAUGGAUCGAGAAUCUGCAGAGAGCCGUAAAACCCAACAAGGACAACAGCCGGCGGGUGGACAAUGUCCUGAAGCUGUGGAUCAUUGAGGCGCGGGAGCUGCCGGCCAAGAAGCGCUACUACUGCGAGCUGUGCCUGGACGACAUGCUGUACGCCCGCACCACCAGCAAGCCCCGCACCGACACCGUCUUCUGGGGUGAGCACUUCGAGUUCAACAACCUGCCGGCCGUCCGCAACCUGCGCCUGCACCUCUACAAGGAGACGGACAAGAAGAGACGCAAGGAGAAGAGCACUUACCUGGGCCUGGUCAGCAUCCCUAUCUCCAGUAUCACGGGCCGGCAGUUCGUGGAGCAGUGGUACCCCGUCAUCCAGCCCAGCGUCCUGGCCAAGGGAGGAGGUGUAGGGGGAGGCAAGAUCAUCAAUGCCUCCCUGCGCCUCAAGGCCCGCUACCAGACCAUGAGCAUCCUGCCCAUGGAGCUGUACAAGGAGUUUGCAGAGUACGUCACCAACAACUACCGCACGCUGUGCGCUGUGCUGGAGCCAUUGCUGAGCGUCAAGAGCAAAGAGGAGGUGGCCUGUGCACUGGUGCACAUACUGCAAAGCACUGGGAAGGCCAAGGACUUCCUGUCAGACAUGGCAAUGUGUGAGGUAGACAGAUUCAUGGACCGGGAACAUCUCAUAUUCAGAGAGAACACUCUGGCCACCAAAGCCAUAGAAGAGUACCUCAAGCUGAUUGGACACAAGUACCUCAAGGAUGCCAUUGGUGAGUUCAUAAGAGCUCUGUACGAAUCAGAGGAGAACUGUGAGGUUGACCCUAUGAGAACUCCGCCCUCCGUCCUGCCCGACCAUCAAGCCAAUCUCCGUAUGUGUUGUGAGCUGGCGCUCUGCAAGAUCGUCAACUCUCAUUGUGUGUUUCCACGGGAGCUGAAGGAGGUCUUCGCCUCUUGGAGAGUCCGCUGUGCCGAGAGGGGGAGAGAGGACAUCGCCGACCGCCUCAUCAGCAACUCCCUCUUCCUGCGCUUCCUCUGCCCGGCCAUCAUGUCCCCGUCCCUCUUCAACCUGACCCAGGAGUACCCAGACGAGCAGACCUCCCGCACCCUAACCCUCAUCGCCAAGGUGGUGCAGAACCUGGCCAACUUCUCCAAGUUUGGCAGUAAAGAGGAGUAUAUGUGGUUUAUGAACGAAUUCCUGGAGAUGGAGUGGGGCUCCAUGCAGCAGUUCCUGUACGAAAUCUCCAACCUGGACAGCAUGACCAAUGCUGGGGGCUUCGAGGGCUACAUCGACCUGGGCCGGGAGCUGUCCAUUCUGCACAGUCUGCUGUGGGAGGUCAUGGCCCAGCUCAGUAAGGAUGCUAUAAUCAAACUGGGGCCCUUACCACGGCUCUUAAAUGACAUUAGCAUGGCCCUGCGGAACCCCCACCUUCAGAGGCAGCCCAGCCACCAGACGGACAGACCACCCCCUGAGAGACAGACAGACAGACUGCUCUCCCGGCCCAGCUUCAACCGGGGCAUAUCCUCAGACUACCAGAGCUUCAUGAUGAGAGACCUUAACAGUUCCAUAGACAUCACUCGACUGCCUUCACCUACCUCUGGUCUCUCCAGCGGCGGGGUCAUGUCCUCGCGGGCGAGCAUGGGGGGCUUCGCGGACCGGGACCACCAGCAUCGGGCCUCUAAAGAUGUAUUCUACGUGACCCGCCCCCCUUUGGCUCGAUCCAGCCCGGCCUACUGUACGAGCAGUUCUGACAUUACCGAGCCAGACCCAAAGUCUGUGGGCGACAUGCUCAACUCCUCCCAAGCCUCCAUCUCCGGUCUGGGCAGCUAUGGGGGGCUGGGAGGCCUCGGGAGUGGUCUCGGGGGGCCGCUGCGCGCAGGGGGACGCCUGUCGGCCGGCUCGGGGGGAUCCAGCAUGUCCGGCGGCCUGCGGCUGAGCCAGCUGAGCCAAAUGGGGACCACCACGGACUCCCUGUCGCAGCAGCAGCAGCAGCAAGCGGCUGCCCUCCGCUACCCCCUGUCCUUCCAGAACCCCCUGUUCCACAUGGCCUCCGACGGUCCCCAGCUGCACCACCAGCACAGCCGAGCCCAGCCUCCUCCACCUCUCCUCCUCGCUCCCGAGCCCGAGACCGCCCACCCCGCCUACAUCCCAGCCUUCGGCCACGGCGGCUUCUCCCGCAGCGAGGACCUGUCCACCUUGCGACCCGGGGCAGCCGGCCUUGGCCAGCCCAGCAUCAUCCACUCCCACAGCUACAGCGACGACUACACCCGGCACAACCAGGCCGACUACGGCCGCCGGCAGCUGUCUGUCCACAUGCAGGAAAAUAUCCAGCAGCAGCAGCAGCAGCAGCACCUUGGCGCCACACCUCCUUCCACCGUUCACCCAGUCCGCCAGACCUCCAUCGCCCCCCCGCAGCGCGUCAAAUCCCAGACCUCCCACCAGCUGUCAGUCAGUUCGGCGGCCGCUCCUCCACCCCCGGCCAAGGUGCGCCCGCCCAGUGGCAAUCUCCUCCAAUCCCCGGAGUCUGGAUUCGGGGGCCGGCAACAGGCUCCCCGGCAACAGCUGUCUGUCAAGGACAGCCCCGCCCCUGGCCUGCCACACCAGCAGAGUUCAGUCAGAGAGAGCCAGGGCCCCCAGGGACCGCAGGGGGGAGUGACGCAAACCGCACAGCAAUCGCAGCAGCAGCAGCAGCCUCCGCAGCAGCACUUACUGAAGCCCACUAUCAGCAAACAGGGGUCUCAGUCGCCUUCUACCCUGAAUCCCCCCACCCCUGCCUCAGAGCGAACUGUAGCCUGGGUAUCGAACAUGCCUCACCUCUCAGCUGACAUCGAGAGCUCACGCAUUGACCGGGAGGAAUUCAAGCUGAAGGAGUACUCCAAGAGCAUGGACGAGUCACGUCUGGACAGGGUUCGGGAGUACGAGGAGGAGAUCCACUCCCUGAAGGAGCGGCUGAUGUUGUCCCAUCGAAAGCUGGAGGAGUACGAGAGGCGGCUCCAGUCCCAGGAGCAGCAAACCAGCAAAAUCCUCCAGGAGUAUCAAAGCCGUCUGGAGGACAGUGAGAGGAGGCUGAGGCAACAGCAGCUGGAGAAAGACUCCCAAAUUAAAGGAAUAAUCAACAGGCUUAUGGCGGUAGAAGAUGAGUUGAGGGGUGGAGCUGUUUCUGAUCUCAAACCUAGAAUGUUCGCGGAGCAGGGGAGGCGGCAGUCCAUCCUAGUGCAGCCCCGUCUCGCGCCCGUCCCACCUCGAGUACACAGCCAUUCACAAAGCGUCGAGGAAGCCAAUCUGGAACCUGAUUGGUUGAUGCAGAGUGGGCAGACCUCAGAUUGGCCCGGCCUUAAUCCAGGAGCCCACCCUUACAAUCCGAUUGGCUGACAGAGGGGGAAAGCGGGACAAGGGAUGAGCACAACUCCUGUCCCCGCCACACCCUGGAUGCUCCAGAGUCACGGAUGAUCCCGCAGGAAGCUGUGUCAUUGGAGGAUUCAAAUUGAAGUGGGCAUCCCUCCCUUACCUAUGCUCUCUCUCUGAUUGGGUGAUUGGCAAGACUUUUUGUAUUAGAUACCUAUUGUUGGAUAUUUAGUUUCUUCAAGGACUAUGAGCCAUUCUCUGCCUAAAUGUUGUGAUGGCCCAAUAAUUACAAGAAGAACGGCUUCCUGGUUGGCAGUGUGUUGAACCUAUUGUGUUGUCAGUUUUAUGGGAAAUACGAAGAAAUAUAUAACAGAGAGAGAUAUUUGGGAUAAAACACAAUGCUUUGCUCCAUUUUCAUUAUAUUCUUUCUUUCAGUCCCAGCUGUUUUCCUUAUUUCUCUCCCUCCAUCUGUAAUUCAGCCUUAUUUGUUGUAACUGUCCUCCUCAUUUCUCUUCCUAACACUCUUCUGUGGUUUUUUCCUGAUCAUUUCCCUGUUUACACAUCCAUCUGCUCCUCUCCUCAUUGGCUUUCCACACUCCAUUUUCUCAUAUCCAGUAUCCUUAAUCCCAUCUCUCUCUCUCUCAUUUAUUUUUACUUUCUUCCAAUCCCACUGUAAGUAAUUUAGUCUUUGCUUUAUCUCUCUCUAUCUUUGAGAGGAAAUAUAUUAAAUAUGCACUGCCUCAAUUCAACAGAAACUGAUUUAAAUAAAUCUGGCUCCAACGGAAAACUUGGAAGCUGGAAGUAAUGGACAAAAUACAAUGAUUUCUUUUUUAUCGUUAUAAUAUCUUGUUCUACUAGAACACUAACUAGUCAUAAGGACACCCAAUGCAGAUAAUUACUUCUUGAUAAUGCUAAGGAACUCUAAUAAGAAAUGAUCCUUUUUUUAAAACAAAACAAAAAAAAAAUCAGCUCACUUCUCUUGUGACAAUCUUUUGGGACAUUUUCAUUUUGUGGAAGUUCAUUUUCCCUGGAUUUAAAUGAAAUGCAAAACUUGUUAUACCUGCUCCCCCAUCUUCAACGAUUUGGACGUUGCCGUGACUCGUACCCCUUCUUCCCUUCCACUCUAUCCAGCUGUCUGACGGAGAGACAGGUGGAUCGGUUUUCUUGACAAUCGCUGUGGAGCUCUUCAUUCGCGGACGAUCAGAGAACAUCCUCUCCUUUGACACUUAGUUACCUUAUCUGCCCCUUACUAAUUUGUUUUUGUUGCAUCUUGAUAAGAUAUGCUCAGCUGGGCAGCUACUGUAGCUGGGUAAUCAGUUGAUCAGUGCAAUGAUAGGACGGCGGUUUGCAACUGGGUUUAUGUUCCCUCCAGUUUUAUUUCCCUGUGUGGACUUUGCUGAAAUGGGGGUUUGAUAUUCCUCCGAUUCUCUCUUAUUUUCACCACUGGGAAAAAAAGAGAUCAAAAAUGAAGAGAGAGAGAUUUAAGUUGAAUUUG